GUUGCAGUUUUCAACUGUUUUUUGGGACGUUGGUUGGCCGUCUGUGGAUCGAGACAGCUGUAUUGAACGUAGUUUUGUAAGUUCUAACGAUCGAACCGUCAGACCAGGCAGAGGAUGAUUGAUGCGUUCUACAUCUUCACCAAAGGAGGGUUGCUGCUGUGGUCCACCCAACUUGUCAAGGUCAAAGGAAACCCCCUUGACCGUUUGAUCAAGGAGGUGCUCCUGGAGGAGAGAGUUGGCGAAACAUUCGCUACCUUGGAUGUGUACAACCUGAAAUGGAAGUUGUUGAAUGACAUGGAUCUCUUUUUCGUGGUGGUUUACCAGGGUAUUCUGCAGAUGGCGUACCUGGAGGGACUUCUUUCGAUGGCAGCAAAAGAGUUCAGCCAUCACAUUGCCACUUCCUUUGGCGGUGGGCUCAACAUCAAACACGUUGACUUUGAAAAGGACUUCCUCCGGUGCCGUCAGAAAGCGGACAAAGAGCUCAAGGAGUCCCGAAAACCAGGUGGCAUGCGCUCCUUUGAAGAUACCAAGAAAGGUGCAGAUGUGCAGAAGAAUCGUGAGGAAAAGGGCUUGCCUGCACCUGCCAAGAAGGGUAAAAGCGGUGGUACCGAUGGGGACAAGGAGGAAGAUGAUGAGGAAGAAGAUGCCGCCGUUGCAGAGGCCCGGGCAAAGCUGGCCGGAGGCAAAUCCAAAGCGAAGAAGGACGCUGAAGCGCCGAAGCCUAAGAAGGGCAAGGAGGCGCGCCAUUGGGAUGGUGGAAAAGUGUCCAAGAGCUUGAUGGAGGAGCUUGACUUUUCGAAGAACAAACCAGAUGAGGCAGACUUGGCAGCAAAGCAGGCCGAAUUCUUGGGAUCUGGUGACGAGGAAGAUUUUGAAGCGGAGGUGGAGUCCCUCUCGUCUGGGUCUGAUGCAGAGGAAGAAAAGAAAGAUGAUGGCCGUGUUGGUGGGCUUUUCAAAUCGCUGACAAAAGGCGUCAAGAACAUCACGGGUGGUGCUGUUCUUACAGAAGGAGACCUUGAGCCUAUCUUGAAAAAGUUCAAGACAGAGCUAAUGACAAGGAAUGUUGCAGCUGAAGUGGCUGACAAGCUAUCCGAUUCCGUGCGGAAGUCUCUUGUUGGUAAGACCACAGGGCGAUUCACUUCGAUGGCUUCGACGGUGAAACAGGCUCUAAAGGAGUCCAUGGAAACACUCCUGACGCCAAAGAAGUCGAUCGAUGUGUUACGAGCAGCGCUCGCCGCGAAGAACGCCGGGCGUGUGUACACCAUUGUUUUUCUGGGCGUGAACGGUGUGGGCAAGUCCACGAACCUGGCAAAGGUGGCCUACUACUUGAAGCAUAAGGGAGGCCUUGAUGUGCUGAUCUGUGCCUGUGACACCUUCCGCGCUGGAGCUGUGGAGCAGCUGAAGACGCAUUCCAGGUGCUUGGACGUGCCGCUGUUUGAGCGCGGCUACGGCAAGGAUCCGGCGGACAUUGCGAAGAAUGCUAUCGCGCAUGCAAAAUCCAAUGGUCAUGAUGUUGUUCUGGUUGACACUGCAGGGCGAAUGCAGGACAAUGAACCGCUCAUGCGAGCGCUCGCAAAGCUGGUUGCCAUCAACAGUCCUGACCUGGUGCUUUUCGUUGGUGAAGCGCUGGUGGGCAAUGAUGCCAUUGAUCAGGUCUCCAAGUUCAACCGAUCUUUGGUGGAUCUCUCUGCCGAUCCGAGGAACCCUCGUGGCAUUGACGGGAUGCUGUUAACGAAGUACGACACCGUGGACGACAAGGUUGGUGCAGCCUUGUCAAUGGUUUAUGUGACAGGUCAGCCAGUGGUUUUUGUUGGCACUGGACAGAAGUACACACACUUGCGCAAAAUGCAAGCAAAGGAAGUGGUGAAGACUCUUCUUGGCUGAGUGCCGCUGACCCACAGUUCUCAGGGGCUUCUGGCUGGGGGCACUUUGAUGAGAACAGCUGGCCCACCAC